AUGAACCGGAUCUUCGGACAAGCUAAGCCGAAACAGCCCCCUCCAAAUCUGACUGAUGUGAUUUCCAAUGUAGAUAGCCGGGCCGAAUCUGUUGAUAAAAAAAUCGAUAAACUGGAUGAGGAACUUAAAAAAUAUAAACUACAAAUGCAAAAGAUGAGAGACGGUCCUGCUAAAGAGAGCGUCAAAAUGAAGGCUUUAAGAAUUUUAAAGCAAAAGAAGGUGUAUGAAAAUCAAAAGGAACAACUUUCCAACCAAAGUUUUAAUAUGGAACAGACUAAUUUUGCUAUCCAGACUGUGCGUGAUACCAAAGUUACAGUGGAUGCCAUGAAAGUCGGUGCCAAAGAAUUAAAACUGGAGAUGAAAAAAAUUAACCUAAAUAAUGUGGAAGACCUUCAAGACGAUUUAGCUGAUCUACUCGUCUCAACUGAUGAAUUACAAAAUAUUCUCAGUCAGUCCUACGCGACACCCGAUAUAAAUGAAAAUGAUCUGGAACAAGAAUUGAUGGGUUUGUGUGAUGAGCUAGGUUCUGAUACAACGUAUUUAAAUGAAGACUUUAACGCACCUUCUGUUCCAACGGGGAUUCCUGGAGAAAGUUUACCAACUCCAGCCAUGGGUACUAUGCCGUCUGCUGGCUUUCGCUUUUCGUUUUUGGACUUAAAUGAUGUCAGAAAGCACUAGUAAUUAUGUGUAUUUUUAGUUAAACUGCCAAAAGUUUUUUCGCAAGUGAUAUAACCCAGUUAAAUGUUCCAGUGUUCGACAGUUGGACUGAUUUAAUAUAUGGCAGCAGGUAAGGCAACAUUGAGAAUAAUUCAGCAAAACUAAACAGCGUAUUUUUCGCCAAAUAAAUUGGAGACUACUGUACUAGUGUGAUUAGUUUUCACCCUUUUGUUAGUUUUUUAUGAACAAUAUCGUGAGGCCAUCCGGAAACUCAAGUUGAAUGAACACAUUCUUAUCACUAAACCUGAUAAAGGAUCGGGCACGGUAAUUCUAAACAAGACAGACUACAUAGAUAAGAUGAAUUCACUACUGAGUGAUCAAACUAAAUUCCAAAAGCUUG